AGAAGCCGAGCGCUUCCAGACUUGAGUCUUCAUCCGAUACCUACCCCCCUUAAAAUGGGAUCUUCCAGACCACGGAUAAUGUAACUUCUAUUUUAAUAGAAACUUGUCAUAUUUCACACGCAUUUUGCUCCAAGUCUUGCCUAACAUAUAGUCCAAUAUGGUUCUCGCACCUCACCCCAAUCCAGAUGCCCCAGUGCUGACGCACUUCGAUCUUACGGGAAAGACCGCUCUCGUCACCGGAGGCUGCCGUGGAAUUGGGCUCGAGGUUGCACGAGGACUCUGUGAGGCCGGCGCAAAGGUGGCAAUAACCUACUCGAGCACGCCACCCAAAGAAGCAGACGAAAUAGCGGCGCAAGUCUCCGCCGCUAACGGGGGUCGGCUCGUCAAAGCGUAUAAGUGCGAUGUGCGCUCGCAGGCCGAAAUCGAAGCCGUCGUGAACAAAGUCACCGAAGAGGUGGGUGCCGGCCGGCUAGACAUUCUGGUAGCGAACGCGGGAGUUGCCGCGAACAUCGCCGCUUUAGAGUACCCCGAGGACAAGUUCCGCGACUUAUUCGACGUCAACGUGAACGGAGCGUUCUGGGCGGCGCAAGCUGCCGCGCGCGUGUUCGAGAAGCAGUUGAAGGCCGACGGACCGCCGCACCGGGGCUCUAUCAUAUUUACGGGGUCGGUGUCGGCGACCCUUGUUAACAUUCCGCAAAAGCAAGCUGCUUACAACGCGAGUAAGGCUGCUCUCGUGCAUCUGGGGAAAUCCCUAGCUGUGGAAUGGGUAGAUUUCGCAAGGGUUAAUAAUGUUUCGCCGGGUUUCAUCGAAACGGAAAUGCUCGACGUUCAUCCUCAGGAAUGGAGAAGCAAGUGGAUCGAGCUGGUUCCCGGUCGUAGGUUUUGCAAGCCAUCCGAACUCAAGGGCGCAUACGUCUUCUUAGCGAGCGAUGCUAGCAGUUAUGUAACAGGUGCGGAUUUGAUAAUUGACGGUGGAUAUACCCUGCCUUAGAUGGCUCAAGUAAUGGGUACCUAUUCAGUACCUGUACCUAGGAGUUAGUCAACGUAUAAUAAAAGAGAAAGGAGAAUAAUACAAUACCAAGCUUAGGUACGAAUCUUAGGAACCGUUAUUUUUGGCAUUCGCGCAAUCAAGACGAUCGCAUUCAAAACCGUGUCUUAGUUUAGACUUGUUCAGCGGUGUGUAGACAAGUAGGUAGCCUGCGUAGUUCACUGAUCCUGUGACGCGCCAGAAACGCGUUACUAUAUUGGGUAUCUAACCUGAGUUACUCCCUCUUUAC